AUGCGCUGCUUCGUGUUCCUAGUGCUCUUGAUUGCAAGCGUCGUGCUGGCGAACGGCGAUGCUACCGUGGAAACUGCAGAUGCCAAUACAGUCUCCAGCCUCCAGUCAUUGGCCAGCUCUCUGUCUACGACCAAAUACGAAGCCCACGCCACGAGACUUUUGAGGGUCCAGGACGAGGAAGAGCGAGCUCUUCCGAUCCCUCCUCCCAGUCUUUCUCUGUUCUCGAAUUGGGUCAAGGCGAUGAGAUUGAAGGUCACAAACAGCGUUCGAGCCCGGUAUUGGCUCUGGCGGAGGCAGUCAGUAGAGGCUGUUUUUAGGCAGCUCAAGCUUGACGGCGGACUGAACAAGAUUCUGGCCAACCCGAAGUUUCACGCGUGGUCGACCUACGUUAAUCUGUACAAU